AGGGUUAAAAGUUGCCUGUGUCGAGAAGAUAUAAGUGAAACUGCUUUUUGCGGAAACCUUAAUCGAGUUGUAGCUACCGUCGACAUCGUUCGAGAAAUCCAGUCAUCGCGUGUUAAAAAUACGCAAGAAGGAGUUUUAUUUCGAUAUUAUUGGCAGAAAAGGUGGUAUUUUCUUCAAGAAGCCAUACCCUUCUUUGCUUGAUAUCAUGAAGUACACCCUUUUCUCAACUCCUGUCAUGCUAAUUUGCAUGUCAUUUCUAAUUGGCUACUGCCAUGCCGGCGUCGACCAACCACCAGACGUAGCUGGCUUAACAGAGAACACCACUCAACCAAUCACCGAGCAAGAGACCCAGCAGCAACCAGAGCAACCACCCCCUGAGCAGACGUGCUACCCCCGGGAGAAACUACCAUGUGCUUCGCCCAUCGUCAUCGGGAUGCCCGGUCCGCAGGGCCCGAUCGGUACGCCAGGAUUCCCGGGGUCGCAAGGCCCGUCUGGAUUCCCGGGUAAUCCUGGAAAUAAUGGCAAUAAUGGGCAGCCUGGUCCGGCUGGGAGACCUGGGACGAAAGGUGAAGCGGGGGAGCAAGGAGUUCCUGGUAUCAAUGGUCCUCCAGGCGGUUCUGGGUUUACCGGACCGACAGGAGAUAAAGGUGAAGCAGGAUUAAAGGGUGAUACGGGAUCGAUGGGUCUACCAGGGAAACACGGUAUAACCGGAACACCCGGCCCACCUGGAGCAUCGGGACCAGCUGGGAUAAAUGGAUUUGAUGGUAUAAAAGGAGGCCGAGGUUUCCCUGGAGUGAAGGGCGAAAUCGGGGAGUGUAAAGCCUGCCCUCCCCCGCCCGAGACCGACCCUCCCAGAAACCCUAACAGUAACGGGAGAAACUCCCGGAGAAAAGUGGCAUUUUCUGCUGCCAGGACAACCAGUCUCCUGGCAACCAACGGACCAAUCAUAAUAACUUACCAGAAGAUCUUUACCAAUCAAGGCGGACAUUUUGAUGAAGAGACUGGGAUUUUCCACUGUUACGUUCCUGGAACUUACUUCUUUUCCGUCAACAUCUACAAGUCAUCCAAUCAAAAUUUCCCUCUUGUCCAGCUGCUUAAAAACGGUGACCACACUGUUGGUGUCAUAGACUAUGGCAUCACAGAUACCGAAGAUGGUGCUAGUAACAGUGUCAUCCUAGAUCUUGAGGAUAGUGACCAAGUAUAUCUGCAAUUGUACGAUGGCCGAGAGCUGUACAGCAGCCAUUACAGAUUCACAACUUUCUCUGGUUUUCUUAUCUUUGAAGCUUAGGUCAACGGCGGAUUUCCUUUUGACCCAGUUUACCUUGGCCCAUGUUCAUAAAAGAUGCUAAGCAGAAAAUACUGCUUAGCAAGUUUCUUUGCUUAGCAAAAGAAAUGAGUGAGGCACCAGUUGUAACAAUGUAAACUUUAUGAAAUUUUGGCUGAGAACCAGUUUCUGGUAGCAAGUUUUCUGUGCUUAGCAAUUGUUCAAGCUUUAAAGGUUUUAUGAAAUAAGGCCCCGACAUCAUUAUCAUAAAAUGUUGAUUGCGCCAUUUUGGGAGUCUAUAGAUGUCCCCAUGGUUUAUUUUUAUAACAAGUGCGGCGGACGGUGACUGCUCUGUGUUCUGAUGUUUAAUUUCAAUUCAUUUAUUGCGGUUGUGAAGCCAAGGGCUCUCAUAAAAGCGAAUUUAAUCACUGUACUAGCUAAGAACCCAAUGGAGAGGAGACAUGGAUGGAAGUUUCAGGCCUAGAUGUCAAGGAAAACCCACGUAGUCAGGGCCCAAUUUCAUAGAGCUGCUAAGCACACAAAUUUGCUUA